AUGAACCGGCCAGCGCGUCAGGAGAGCCCCGCGUGGACCCCCUGCAGGAGGCAGCAGGAGCAACGGGAUGGCCGGCCGCGCAGCCCGGCUGCGGCGGAGCAUCGAGCCGGGUCCGGGACCACCAGGGACGGCGGCGCAGGGUCGGGCCCCGCGCUUCAAAAAGCAGCCCGCAGCAAGCGGCACCUGGAGGGCAUCCUGAAGAAAUACACGAACCCGCUCCAGGGCUGGCAGAGCAGAUAUUUUGAACUGGAUCCAGAGGUUGGCCAGCUCCAAUAUCAUCUGAAUGAACUCAGUAAAAGCCAGCGACCACCCAGAGGGUCUCUGCCUCUUCUUGGAGCAAUGGUGGUCUCUUGCGACGAGUAUCCCUACAUGUUUACUAUUCAAUCCACUACUGGGGACGCUUACAAACUCAGAGCGCUGGAUGCCCAGGAGCAAGAGUUAUGGAUGACUCAGCUACAGCUGUGUUCCCGACGCCACUCUGACAGCAGUGCCAAGGGCCAAACCAGCAGCCAAGAAACCCUGGAUCCCUGCGAAGAGACCACAGACACAGAGGACAAUGAAGAGGAGGACCUGGGAGUUCUGGAUGAUCAGCGAAGCAUCAUGCUUCACCUCCUGUCACAGCUCAAACUUGGCAUGGACCUCACACGGGUGGUGCUCCCUACCUUCAUCCUGGAGAAGCGCUCCCUAUUGGAGAUGUACGCCAACUUCAUGGCUCACCCAGACAUGUUCCUCUCCAUCACCUCCGGCCGCACGCCAGAGGAGCGCAUGGUCCGCUUUGUGGAGUACUACCUGACUGCCUUUCACGAGGGCCGUAAGGGCGCCGUGGCCAAGAAGCCGUACAACCCAAUCCUGGGUGAGAACUUCCACUGUUCUUGGUAUGUGCCUCGGGACCGUGUUCGGCCUCUCAGGACUACCAACUGUACUGCGCCCAACUCGGCACCCACAGCCACUUCUGCUAUCCCCGGGUCCCCACAGAGGGGGACGGACGGCAGCAGCAGAAGAAACUCAGACUGCUAUCGUGUUCGGUUCGUGGCGGAGCAAGUGUCCCACCACCCACCAGUGUCGGGCUUCUACUGCGAGUGCAAGGAGAAGAGGAUGUGUGUCAACACUCAUGUGUGGACCAAGAGCAAGUUCCUAGGCAUGUCUGUUGGAGUCUCCAUGGUCGGGGAAGGUGUGCUGUAUUUGUUGGAGCAUGAUGAGGAGUAUGUAUUCACACUACCCUGUGCCUACGCCCGCUCCAUCCUGACCGUGCCAUGGGUGGAACUCGGGGGAAAGGUCACUAUCAACUGUGCCAAGAGUGGCUACUCUGCCACUGUCACGUUCCACACCAAACCCUUCUAUGGAGGAAAAGUACACAGAGUAACAGCAGAGGUGAAGCACAACCAGACAGGAAACAUUGUGUGCAAGGCCCAGGGGGAGUGGAACGGGGUGUUGGAGUUCACCUACAGCAACGGGGAAAACAAGGUGAUCGAUACCUCCAAGCAGCCAAUCAUCAAGAAGAAGAUCCAGCCUCUAGAGAAGCAGGGCCAGUAUGAGUCACGGCGUCUUUGGCAGCACGUCACAGCCUCCCUGAAGGCUGGAAAUAUGGACGCUGCCACAGAACACAAACACCGUCUGGAAGAGAGGCAACGCAGGGAGGGCAAACAGAGAGCUGCAACCAAAACCCUCUGGAAACCCAAAUAUUUUAUUAAAGAGUGUGAUGUGCCCGUCCACCUGCAGGACAACCAGAGAGGAAGGAGAGUCUCCUCACGCAGACAGUGUCCAUGCUGCAGGGACGACCAGGUGCAGACUUUGACCCGCAAGCUGCUGCUGGAGACCGUCCCCAGAAGAGGAGGCGGAGCUCCGUCCUCGGGCCACCAUCCCACCUGCAGACCUGCCGGUUGCCUCCAGCGUGGCCCCCGGCCCUCCUCGGCUCCACUGCACCAUGACGGCCCUCUGAAGAUCCACAACUGCUCUGCUGAAGAGUACCAGCAGGUCUACCACCAAGUUGUGGAUGAUAUGCUGAGGUUCAAGAACGGCCGUCUGCGUCCGCACAGCUUAGACCUGGGACGUCUCAUCAAGCAGAAGCUCUGGGAGAGACUGGACCGUCCCACGUUUACAGAGACAGUAGACCAAGACGGACAGAUGCACGUGGACGUCUCUUACAGGAUCCUCGCAGACACCUGCCGCCUGAACAUCCACCUUCAGCCAUCAACCCCGGCCUCCACCCAAAGACUCUACCAGAUGAUCAUAGUUCCACCUGCAUCCUCUAGCAAUCUACAUGUGCCGCCUCCACCUGCAGAUUGCUGGAAGACAGCUGAGGUCAAACCUACACCUACAGUCUCUACCAGCAACAUGCAGGUGCCGCCUCCACCUGCAGGUUGCUGCCAGACAGCUGAGAUCAAACCUCCACCUACAGCCUCUACCACCAACCAUCACCGAUGCCUCCACCUGCAGAUCCUCGCAGACACCUGGCGUCUGAACAUCCCCCUGGCGUCUGAACAUCCCCCUGGCACACUGUUGGACUUCACAGACUUCCAGAUCUACCAGGAGCUGAUGGAGUCCCGACGAGGACGAUCCCUUCUACCAGAGCUGUGUACCAGAGAUGCUCCUUUCUCCUCCAUCUCCUGCACAUCCUCCACCGACUCCUGCUGCUCCUCUCCCAGACUGAGAGCUCCCCUCCCCGUCUUAGUUCCACCACCUCCAGAUUAA